AUGCACUUGCUUGUAUCUGUUCGAUGGUCACAGCGGCAUCAGUUGUAUGCAUGUAAUGCUGCUUUGAUAUUCACUUCCGAUGGCCGACGAAUGUUUGAAGUCAGUGAAGAACUGGUGGAAGUGGCGCAGGAAAAACAAUUAUACAUCGUCUUUGAAAACGAGCAAACAGAGGAGGAUGAAGAAGAAUUACGAGUUACUGUAGGUAAUGAUGAAGAAGACGAGCCUGAAUCAUACCAGCCUAGAAGGCGAUCCACUGACAGUCGUGACUCCUAUGGAGACUUGAUGCAAAGAAUUGAAAUGAUAUCUAACACAUAUUGUUAA